GUAAGUCGACUCGCUGAGGCCUCAUCCUUCCAAUGGCGACGGCAAACAGGCUGAAUAGAAAGCGGGAGCAACCGUGGAGGGGGUCAGAGCUGUGUAGCCGAAAUUAAAUAAAUAUAUCCUAUUCUCUGUAGUCAUAAAGUUAGCCUAAAAUUUGUUCCUCCUUUCCAAAUCACGGCCGAUUCAAUGGCCAAAAAUCGGAACACUUCGCUCCUUGAGUCGGAGCUCUAUUACUUGAUCUCUCGUUUUCUAACAACGGGUCCAUGUCGGAGAGCGGCUGAGGUCCUGGCGAGCGAACUAGAGGAAUAUCAGCUCUUGCCCGGGAGACUGGACUGGCUGGGAAACGAGCACCCGAGAACAUAUGAAGAUGUGGUUGCAGCCAACGGACACAUUGCACCAGACCAUUUGCUACAGAUAUGUAAGCAAAUUGGACCACUUCUGGACAAAGACGUGCCGUCAUGUGUCCCAGGUGUACACUCUCUCCUGGGGUCCGGAAAGCAGUCAAUGCUUAGGACCCGCAAAGACUGCGACAGUGUGCGGUUUAAAGCUUCAUCAUAUGCAGCCCUUCACCGGGGCAGACCACCAGAGAGGCCUUUGAUGUGCAAGAAUCUUCCACAAUUAGUGGAGGUGCAUCGAGGGAGAGAGCUGACGGGAGUGCAGCGCUUCAGCUCCAUCAAUCCUGUCAGCAACUAUGAGCACAUGCGGCUGCAUAGGCGGAUCCUGGGGCAUCUGUCUGCAGUGUACUGUAUUGCAUUUGAUCGCACUGGUCUCAGGAUCUUCACAGGCUCCGAUGACUGUUUGGUGAAGAUUUGGUCUUCGUUUGAUGGAAGGCUUCAUUCAACGUUGCGAGGACACUCUGCAGAAAUCACAGACUUGGCGGUUAAUUAUGAGAACACAUUAAUUGCCGCAGGAAGCUGUGACAAGACCAUCCGUGUAUGGUGCCUUCGUACCUGUGCCCCUGUGGCUGUGCUGCAGGGGCACAGUGGAUCCAUUACCUCCCUUCAGUUCUCACCAUUUGCCAAGGGCUCAAAACGUUACAUGCUGUCCACUGGAACUGAUGCUACUGUCUACUUCUGGCAGUGGGACGUCAACAACAUCAACUUUAGUGAUCGGCCACCCAAAUUUACGGAGCGGCCAAGGCCAGGAGUUCAGACAGUAUGCUCCUCAUUCAGUCCAGGUGGGAUGUUCUUAGCAACAGGAAGUACUGAUGAUGUCAUCCGCAUAUAUUACUUGGGAAGUGGGAGUCCAGAGAAGAUAUCAGAGCUCCAUGAGCACACAGACAAAGUUGAUAGCAUCCAGUUUUGCCACUCAGGUGAAAGGUUUGUUAGCGGAAGUCGUGAUGGAACAGCGCGGAUCUGGAAGCUCCAUCAACGGCAGCAGUGGAGGUGCAUCUUGCUCAACAUGUCUGCCACUCUUCCAGGUGCUGAAGCAGUGAGUGAAGAGGAAAGCUACUUCAAACCCAAAGUCACCAUGGUAGCAUGGGAUCGCCAUGACAAUACAGUCAUCACGGCUGUUAACAACCAUCUCCUCAAAGUGUGGAACUCCUACACGGGACAGCUGCUACAUAUCCUUAAAGGCCAUGAGGCUGAGGUGUUUGUGCUAGAACCGCACCCUUUUGACCCCAGGAUCAUCCUAUCUGCUGGCCAUGAUGGGAAUGUCUUCAUUUGGGAUCUGCUGCGAGGGACAAACACACAGCACUACUUCAACAUGAUUGAGGGCCAGGGUCAUGGAGCCGUGUUCGACUGCAAAUUCACUCCCGAUGGCCAGCGCUUCGCCUGUACAGACUCUCACGGCCAUCUGCUCAUCUUUGGCUUCGGCAGUUCCAAGCCGUAUGAGAAGCUUCCAGACCAGGUGUUCUUCCACACAGACUAUAGACCGCUGAUCCGGGAUUCCAACGGCUUCGUGUUGGAUGAACAGACACAGCAGGCACCACAUCUCAUGCCCCCACCAUUCUUGGUGGACGUGGAUGGAAAUCCCCAUCCACCGAGGUACCAGCGUCUUGUUCCAGGGCGGGAAAACAUUGCUGCUGAGCAUCUGGUUCCUCAGCUGGGAUACGUAGCAACCAGUGAUGGCGAGGUGGUGGAGCAGGUGAUCAGCCAGCAGACUGCAGAGCAUGAGGAGGUUGCGGCAAGACGCAGCAGCCUUCUGGACGAGGCCAUCCGACAGCUCCGGGAGCAACAGGACCGGCAGAACCAGCCUGGGACAGAGGCGGUGCCGGGUGCUGGAGCAGGACCAGAGGGCCAAGCUGAGGCCCAGGGCCCAGCCUUGGCACCAGCACCAAGCACACCACGCAGAGUAUCUGUGAAUGAUCGAGCAGAUGUGCAGUCACCCCCGAAUGUGGGUCUGCGCCGCAGUGGACAGGUGGAGGGCGUCCGGCAGAUGCACCAGAAUGCUCCCCGCAGCCAGAUGGCCACAGAGAGAGACCUGCAGGCCUGGAGACGCAGGGUGGUGGUGCCUGAACUGGCACCCAGCAGCUACAGGGACCAGGAGGACAUCCGAACAGCCAAAGGAGAUGAGGAGGUGGCUCUGUACAAUGCAAAGAAGAGACGCAUUAUCUACAGUAGCUGUCGAGAUGAUUCAGAUGAUGAGCCUCCCACUACAAAGCGAACACACAGCCGCAGUGACACAGUGGAAUUCAUUGAUUUGUCCUGUGAAGAGGGAGAGGAGACUGCAAGCUCAGAGGACAAUGAAUUGGAUGGGAGUGAACUGGAGUCCUCCAAUGAUGAGGAGGAGUGGAACAGUGACAGCUCAAGCCACACGUCAAGCGAGUACUCGGACUGGACGGCAGAUGCUGGUAUCAACCUGCAGCCCUCGACCCCCUUGUCAUCACGGAAACGAGUGCGGUACAGACUCAGCUCCUCCGAAGAGGAAGAAGAAGAGAAUGAGGAAGAGGAGGAGAAGCAGCAGAGUGAUGAAGAGGAAAAACCGGGGAAGAAAAGCAAAGAGAAGGCCAAGAAAGCAAAAAACAAGGCACCCCGGCGUCCAAAGGCCAGACCAUCCAUCAACAGAGAAGUGUCCAAUGAGUUCAGACCCUCACCAUGGAUCACUGAUUUCAUCCCCAGGAAGUCUCCUUUUGUCCCCCAAAUGGGCGAUGAGGUGAUCUACUUUCGACAGGGACAUGAAGCCUACGUUGAGGCAGUGAGCCGGAAUGAACUCUACCCCAUCAACUUAGACAAACAGCCCUGGAAGAAAAUGGAGCUGCGGGACCAAGAGUUUGUGAAGAUCACUGGGAUCAAAUAUGAAGUCUGCCCUCCAACACUGUGCUGUCUGAAGCUGACUCUUAUUGACCAUGGCACUGGCAAAAUCACAGACAAGUCUUUUUCUGUCAAGUAUCACGACAUGCCAGAUGUUAUAGAUUUCCUGGUUUUGAGACAAAGUUAUGAUGAGGCACUCCGUAGAAACUGGCAACCAAACGACAGAUUUCGCUCAGUAAUAGACGAUGCCUGGUGGUUUGGGACCAUCGUCUGUCAGGAGCCCUACCAGCCAGAAUAUCCAGACAGCCUCUUCCAGUGUUUUAAAGUCAGAUGGGACAAUGCGGAAACUGAGAAACUGAGUCCUUGGGAUGUGGAACCUAUUCCAGACAACGCCCAGCAGCCAGAGACAGAAGGAGGUGGUAUUACUGUGACAGCAGAAGAGAGGAGCGAGCUGAUGUACAAGCCUGUGCCAGGGGAGUGGGGGGAGAGGAGCAGGGACGAGGAGUGUGAACGUGUCAUUGCUGGCAUCGACCAGCUAAUUACCGUUGAAAUUGCAGCUCCCUUCUCUGGUCCUGUGGACUUGGUCCAGUAUCCCACCUACUGCACUGUGAUUGCCUAUCCUACUGAUCUGGGAACCAUCAGACUGCGACUCAUGCACAGAUUCUACAGACGUCUUUCAGCAUUAAUUUGGGAUGCCCGGUAUAUUGCACAUAAUGCCCGCACUUUCAAUGAGCCAAGGAGCAAGAUUGCCCACUCUGCAAAAAUCAUCACAAAUGUCCUCCAGAAAUAUGUCAAUAAUCCAAGCUGCACAGAUAUCAUGGAGAUUUACAGUGCUGUUGAAGAGAUGGAUGAUGAUGAAGAGGAUGAGGAUACAGAAGCACCAGGAACCUCAGCUGGACACCGGUUACGUCAGCGCUCUGUAGAGGUGCUGCCAGACAGAGACGCCUGGAAGGAACAGUGCAAGAGUCUGCUCAACUACAUAUUUGAGUGUGAGGACUCCGAACCGUUCAGACAGCCUGUGGAUCCUCAGAACUAUCCAGACUAUCAUGACAUUAUUGAUACACCAAUGGACUUUGGCUCAGUGAAAAGGACCCUGGAGGAAGACCACUAUGAAAACCCUGUAGAGCUUUGCAAAGACACCCGCCUAAUAUUUGCCAACGCUAAAGCCUACACACCCAAUAAACGCUCCAAGAUUUACAGUAUGACCUUGCGGCUCUCUGCCUUCUUCGAGGAGCAAAUCAGAACAAUCAUAUCUGAGUACAAAACUGCUGUCAAAAGCAGUGAUAGGCUCCGCCGCAGUCAGAGGUUCCGCAAGAAAAUGCAGCAACAGGAUCAGCCCACUGCCACAACAAGUCAAAAGAGGGCUGCAGUCAAAACUCAGGAAAAAGUGGAGUCGACGUCAGUCACUAAAUCUACCUCAGCCAAAGUGUCUGUUCCUGAGAGAGCCAGGAGGAGUCGAAGCAGCAGCUCAGGUCACAGUUCCUCGGAGGACGACUCCGGCUCCAAAGCUGCUUCAUCAACACCGGAGUCUGACAGUGAAAGUGAGCCGAGCGAGUCAGAGGAGGAAAAACGUCCUGGUUCCUCAAGGCACCAUCAACGCAGACAGAAAGCAAGAGUAACGAGAAGCAAUUGUGCUAAGCAGAGGAAAAAAGUUGCAGAGAGCGAUAGUGAAGAGGAGGAAGACGACGACGAAGAAGAGGAGGAAUUAGACAGUGAAGCUGAAGAGGUUGAGGAUGGAGAAAUGUCCUCCCAGUCUUCAGGUCAUCGUUACCCCAGCAGGAGUAGACGGCUGACCAGAAACAGUGCAGCCACGGACAGGAAACGGACAGAGGGCAGAGCGGAGAUUAAUGGUCACAGCAGCAGGUCGUCUCGCAGGGAGAGACGUCACCACCGGGACUCUGACAGAGCCACGUCCCAGGGCUCGGACAAGGAGGAAGAAGAAAUCACGGUCCGCAGGUCACUCAAAAGAAAGACGGCGAGGGCAGCUGUGAAUAAGAUCAAACUCCUUGAAGCAUCAGAUGAAGACGAUGAGGAGGAAGAGAAGCCAAGAAGGAGCAGCAGCCGCCUCCGCCAUACAGCCCGGGCCAGCAAACGCACCGCAGUGAUCCAGAGCAGCUCAGAUUCAGAUGGAGAGCCAUCAACAGGGGGUUCUCGGAAUACAAAAGAAUCCGGUUGUGAAUCCCAGGAUGAGGAGGAUGGAAACGUCAGCGACGCUUCAUCCUCCUCCCAGAAUCAGCAGAAUGGCGACACAAAGUCCAACAAACAGAGGGAAUCGAGACAAGCUGCUAAAACAAAGGGAAAUGCUACUUUGUCCAACGUAAACGGACACAGUGCAAAACAUCACAAGUCUGACAGCAACUCUGAGCAGGACAUAACUGCCGAGGAGAGUUCUGGAGAAGAGGAGGAGGAGGAAGAGGAGGAGGAGGAGGAGGAGGAGGAACAGGCGGCCGUGUCUCAGAAACCUUCUAGAAGCACAGCCUCCACUCCAGCCAGGAAGAAGAGGAUUACAAGUGAGGAGGAGGAGGAAGAGGAGGAGGUAGAGGACACUGAACGCAGGACCACACGACACAAACCUCCUGUUAGCUCAGAUGAAGAUUACAAAAACCACAGUUCCCAGAAACACCCACACCAAAAUGGAAGAAAUGUAGAGGAAGCAAUCCACAAGGACUCUAAGAAAAAGAGUAAAGCUACACCAUCAAAAAGCCAAGAUAAACAAAAAUCUGCCUCAACAAAUAAACUGAAUGGUGCAGAAUCAGACGAACUCAGUGAUCCUCCAAAGAGACCCAGCCCAUGCAAGAAAAGACUGAAAAAAGAUGAAGAAAGCAAAGAAGAAAGCAAUCACUCUAGUGAGGAAUUUGAAGUUGAAACAAGAGCAAAGAGGUCAGCACGAAACAAGAGCAAAUCUAAACGGCCUCAUGGUGACACCUCAGCUUCAGAGAGUUCUGAGCAGGAAUACAAACCCAAGAGGAAGUCGAGGAGGAAACGCUCCACUGGCUCAUCAGACGAAGAGUCUGAUCAUUCAGAUUACACAUCAAAUAGACGGCUGAGUCUCCGAGCCCUACCAAAAAAGAAAUACAUCAGUGACAACUCUUUUUCUGAGGAAGAUUCUGCUUCCGCAAGCCAGGGUACACAGAGGAACGGCAACAAAACAGCCACAGCUUCUAGGGAAGACAGGUAUAAUAAGAGAGAGUCUAAAAGAAACUCUCCCAAUGAAACUAGGAAUCAGCUGUCUUCCAAGAGAAAACGUAUUUACACCUCAGACUCUGAAGAUGGGGAGGAUGACGGAAAGAAGGAGCCAGUAUCCAAGAACAAUAAAAAUAGCAGGUCAGGCUCCUCAAAGCGUCCCAAAAGGGAAUCCAAACGACGGGAUGCUAACAGCAACCAGGAGGACACCUCUUCCCAGUCUGAUUCCAGCGAGGAGGUGGAAGAUGUUGGUGGUUCAAGGAGCGGGAAGAAGAACGUUAAGCGGCCAAAACACAAACGAAAGGAAAGCUACAGCAGCAGCAACCACAGUUCUGACUCUGAAAGCGAGCAGUUGUCUUCAGCCUCUGAAAACUCAUUUGCCAGCUCAGGGUCCCACAGCAGUCCAAAGAGGAGAAGUCCCAGAAAGUCUGGGAUCGGUGAAAGGACCGCAAGCCGCCAGCUAAGGCAGCGCCGGCAACGGGCUGCCUCAGAGGAGGAGGACAGUGACGAGUCAUACAGCAAACCGCAGCGAAAGACGCGUGUCAACACCCGGAACCGGGGGAAGCGGACGGUAAAUUAUCAUGACAGUGAAUGAAGGACGUAGCGGCUGUAACUACAGGCUUUAGAGGAAAGCUGGAGACGGACAUUAACUGGAGACCUUAAAGACACUUGAUGGCCAUGUUAUGGUAGUAGCACUGGAGUCCUCGAGAGAAAAUGCUGUGAAUCUGUUUAAUUCAGGGAUAUUUAUAUUUUCUAUGAAAAAACACAUUUAUAGAUGUAAUACAAAUUCAAGCAUUUGAACUGCUGGUUUUCACAAGGAUACAGAGCAAAACACCACCUCCCAUACUGCUUGCUGUGAUUUGGCCAGCAGAGUAACCAUUCUGGGGAAUCUUGUCAGCUUGGGUGCUAACUAAUAUACCUCUGUUUAAUCAAGCAUAUUGCUGGCUUGCACUAAGAUACACUGUAUUGAGGUAUUUCAUACACUAGUUUUGCAUUAGAAACUCAGGGGUCAACUAAGUUUACUGUAGUCUCAGACAUGCAGUUGUUUUUUGAGCUAAGGUAAGGAAAAGAAACAAUUCCAGGUCGGCAAUGUCCAAGCACACUCACUGGGACAAAAACGAAUCCAUGUUCAGACUUUUGACUACAGCACUCCUUUGUAAAUCCACACACUUAAUGCUUGACUGUAUUUUGUUUUGAUAUGAGCCAAAUGAACGAGUAUGAAUUUUUUUUUUUUUUUUUUCCCCAUACCAAUUCAUUUUUUCAUUAGUUUUGUGUUUGUAUUAUAGUGAAUAGAUGUAAAUAUGUGAUCGAGAAAGACAUUGUCUGAAAGGUUUGAUCAGUCAGUAGCAAAACAUUUAUUUAAAUUUGAGCCUUUGGGUUGUUUUUUUUUGUUUUUGUUUUUUUUUGUUUUUUACAAUUAACUGCAUUGUCUUGCCAUAUGUCACAAAUUGGUACCUUUUUUUUGCCAAGUACAGGUAACCAAAAGUACUUAUUGCAAAAUAUUGUGAUUUCUCAUAUUGGGAAGACCUUUUAUUGUUGUCCUGUGUUACCUACUUUCAGUAUUAAAUUCUUUUUCAGAGUUGACUUAAAACAUUUUGCCAGUCACAUGGUUUAGUUUUGUUUAUGGGGAGGUUUCUAAAUAGUCGCUUUGACAUUUGCUUAAUGUUUUUCGUACUACACCUUUAAUAAACAGAUUUCACAGGAAAACUAUUAACGCAAUGUGGUUGUGGAGUGCAAUGAAUUAGUUAUUCCUCCUAUUAAUAAAGACAUAAUUUCAAUGUG